AUGGCAAGCACUCAGCAGCUUGUCGGUACCGCCGACCUCAAUCUUAUUGAGGCCCCUGUCACCUGGCGCGCUUACCUGAUAUGUGGCUUCGCCAGCUUUGGCGGUAUCCUCUAUGGCUACGACUCGGGCUACAUCAGUGGUGUCCUGGGCAUGGACUACGUCAAGGAACACUUCGGUGUGUCCCAUGUCCCCAACAAGGAUGAUCCUUCUGAGUGGAUCAUUCCCAGCUCUCGCAAGUCUCUGAUCACCUCGAUUCUUUCUGCCGGUACUUUCUUUGGAGCUCUUAUUGGAGGUACGGCUGCCGAGCGCAUUGGCCGUCGUCUUACUAUCAUGAUCUCUUGCUUGCUCUUCGCUAUCGGUGUCGCUGUUCAGGUUGCUGCCACUAGCGUUGCUAGUCUCGUCGCUGGUCGUGUUGUUGCUGGUCUUGGUGUUGGCGGAGUCUCUGCCACUGUCAUUCUUUACGUCUCUGAGAUCGCCCCUCGUCGUGUUCGUGGUCUUCUGGUUUCGAUGUACCAAUGGGCUAUCACUCUUGGAUUACUUAUCUCCUCCGGCGUUGAUCAAGGUUGUAAGGACAUAAACGAUCGAUCUUCUUACCGUAUUCCCAUUUCGAUCCAGUUUGUCUGGGCUGCAAUUCUCGCCGGCGGUCUUUUCCUCCUCCCUGAGUCCCCUCGCUACUAUGUUGCAUGUGGUCGAAUGGAUGAUGCACUGCACUCGCUGGAACGAAUCCGUGGUCAAUCCGGUUCCAAUGUUGCUGUGCAGGCUGAGCUUGCAGAAAUCAAGGCCAACUUUGAGUAUGAAAAGCAGUUCACCAGUACUUCAUGGGCUGAUUGCCUGAAGGGUGGAUUGACUCCUCAAGGAAACCUCCGUCGCGUUAUCACUGGUGUCGCUCUCCAAAUGUUCCAGCAAUGGACUGGCAUCAACUUUAUCUUCUACUAUGGUACCACUUUCUUCCAGGAGGUGGGCAUGAGCAACCCAUUCCUGAUGUCUACCAUCAUGAACAUCGUCAACGUUGUUACCACCCCUGCCUCUUUCUACUUGAUUGAGAAGUUCGGCCGACGCAGCUUGCUCAUUUACGGCGCCAUUGUCAUGACCAUUUGCGAGUUCCUUGUUGCCAUCGUGGGUGUCACAAAGGAAGGGACUCAUGCUGCGAGCAUCUGUCUUAUUGUUUUUACCUGCUUCUACAUUGCUGCGUUUGCUACUACUUGGGGCCCCGCUGCCUGGGUAGUCAUCGGUGAAAUCUAUCCCCUCCCAAUCCGCGCCAAGGGUGUGGCUCUCGCAACUGCUUCGAACUGGUUUUGGAACUGUAUCAUUGCAGUUAUCACCCCAUACAUGGUUGAUGAAAAGGAGGCCAAUCUGAAGGUCAAGGUCUUCUUUGUCUGGGGCAGCGCUCUGUUCCUGUGCAUUAUGUUUGCCUUCUUCUGUGUUCAUGAGACCAAGGGUCUGAGUCUGGAGCAGGUUGAUAAGAUGCUUGAGGAGUCUACUCCCAUGACCAGUGCCAAGUGGAAGCCUCACGACACCUUUGCCCACGAAAUGGGUAUGACCAAGACUGAGCCUACAAUGAGCCAUGAGGAACAGAAGUCCGUGAAUGUGAUGGAGCGUAACGCUAGCGCUACCGUCUAG